AUGUCACGGCUUCUGCCCUGGGGCACGAAAGCGUACAGUCUCGCGGACGCCCUGCCGCUUGCGGCUCCCGAGGAAACCCGGCAGCUCCAGAGUGGUGGCGACCGCCGUCGGCGGUCGGCGGACAGUCGCCUGGCCUUGAGGAGGACCAAGGGCGGCGCAGGCAGGCCUAUCUUCCAACAGGGCCGAAGAAGGAACAAGGGCGGCAAGGGCAUGGCUGGAGCGAUCGCAAUUGCUGGGAUUUUGGCAUCUACAGGCGUGUUAAGCGCGACGGACGACCAAAAGGUAAUGUACAGCGAACAGUUCGACGAUGAGGCGCGCACCAUCAUGUUCCGAUAUCUGGGAAAGCAAGGCAUCGAGAUCGUGAAGGAGUUUCUCUGCGGAGCACUUGACGUAUGGCUCCCGGACGAGGAGUUCACCAAGGAAGAUGCCGCAGCGAUGAUUGACCAGAGACUCCUUGAGUUCGAGAAGCGGUUCAAGCAAGCAAUCAUGCAGGAGACCCGGGCUCUUGUCAAGGGCUCCAUCAAUGCAAACAGCUUCAGGGAAGCCCAGCUCCUCGUUCGCAAGGUCACCCAAGGCGCCUCUAUGGCGGAAGCCGGCAGUGUGCUUGAAACGGAUGCCUUCCUUGCAUAUGGCAUGGCGAUCGAGAACGAUAUGAGCCACCUUGCGGACCUGUUGUUCCUUCCGUGCAUCGACGAUGGUUGGGGCAGCUCGUCUUGCGCCGACCGCAUCAACGCCGGCGCCACGAUGCUCUUCGCACAACUCGUCACCACACACCUCGCUGUGUUCGAUGGCAUCUUCCAGGCUUUGAGCGAGAAGGCCGAGGAGGUGCGCGAGUGUCUUUUCUCGGCCUCCCCCUAUAUUGCGAAGAUGGAGAAGCUCGCGGAUCAGGUUGUCCGGAGCACCGUAAUUCAAGGCAGUCGGGUGCACUCACCCUGA